GACGUUCGUUUUCGUUUUCAACCUUUUCAAGGGGAAGCGGCGGUGCUCAAAGUCUUCUCUCUCUCUCUGUCCUCGCUUGUCGAUCAGCCUCUGCAGCAAUCUUCCCGGCUUCCGGAUGUCCUCGGACACCUCGGACGAGUCGCUUCAUCUAUUCCUGAGCGACGACGACCACGACCAGGAUUUUAACCCGAACCCCGAGGAUAUAGGGCAUGUCGAGGAAGGCGUUGAAGAUCGAGCGGCGUCCAGCCACGCCGACACUCUCACUUCAGGUCUAGAAACCACGCCCAUUAUGAUUACACUGUAGCUAGAUACGCCAGGCUUUGAGUCGGAUUUGUUGGCCGAUGAGACACUAAGUCGGAAUUCCCCCGAGCUCUGGCCAGACACAUUACCUGGUGUGGGUGAGUUUGUGUCCCUGUAUUCUCCCGCUUCAGCCUCUCCCCCUCCGUCCCACCCACCGACGCCUUUGGUGGACACUCAGUUCUUCCCUUUGCAUGAUCUUGAACUACUAACCGAAUUAAGCCAACUUAGUCUGGACCGUCUUCUCCGCGAGGUCAGGACACUGCACGAUAUCGCUUUUGAUCUGGGCUUACAAGAGGCCAAGGAGAUGACACGCGGGCGUUAUCUCAAUAUCCUCAAAACGCGUUCCAACGCCGAUUAGUGGAAUCUAAUCCGACGAUCUCCCAAAGAUAACGUGAUUGUGCCGAGAAGAUGCAUGUCAAUUGCUCCACUUGUUUGGAGCUUUUGACGCCAAGUCAAGAGCUCUCAUCGGCUCCUUGUGGACAUGUAUUCCAUGCUAAUUGCAUUCUAAAAUGGUUAGAAACCGGGAAAUCCAGUUGUCCCCAAUGUCGCUCGAAGUGUCCGGAGAAACAACUCCGUCGGGUGUACUUCACGGAGGGCAUGGAUAUCUCCAUGUCCCAAGCCGAUCCUCACUCCCUGCAAAGCAAGAUCGAUUCCCUCACUUUCCAAGUCCGAUGUGCGGAGAGUGAGAAACGUAAAAUUACUGAUGAACGCGAUGAUUUGAAGGCCAAGGGCGUGGCUCUGCGCGAAGAGUUUCGGGAUCUGGAGCGAGAAAAUGGCCGAAUCAAGUCCGAAUUGGCCACCACCAAAUCCCAACUAAAACAUGCUCAAGCUCUCAAGACCAAGAGCGAUCAAGCCAAGCGAGAAGCCAGUGAACUGAGAGACAAGUUGAGUUUAUACCAAAAUAUCGAAUUUAUCCUGAGUGCGUCGGUAGGCGAAGUGAAUCAGCGACUUCACUCCAUGGGCGAUUUUUCUCAGACAUCACGCGAAUUUAGUAUGAUUAUCGAGGCCUUAAAGAAGGAAAUGAUGGCCUUGCGUGAAGAUAAGGGUCAGCUUCGAAAAGAGAUUUUAGACAAGAACAAACGAAUGGCCGAACUCAAAGCCACCACGAAAGUACAAAGUGUGGACCUAAACGAACUUCAAACCACAACCAAGACCCUCAAAUCCGAUCUGCAACACCUAGAAGCCGAAAACCGGAGUCUGAAAAGCAAAAAUGAAUGGCUCCAAUCGGCCUUGGACAGCCCUAGUGGAGAUAUGAGGGCGAGUGCCUUGAAACGGAUUAUAACCGAAAGCCCGGCUCCUUUUCGUCUCUCGCAAGAUAUGCUGGAUGAGUCGUCCCCCGAGAAGGACAAGCUUCAGCCGGGAUUGAAGCCCAAGACAGCCUUGAAACGUCGAAGUCCGUGCAAAGAUGCCACGAAUUAUGACAAGUUCAACAUUCUGAAGCAAUCCCGAUCCCAUUUUAGCCCCGGCGAAUGGUCGAAAAUGAGUCAAAAGUCGCUCAAAGUCAUCGAUAGCGAGAAAUUUUACGAUGGAAUGGGCGGCCACGCCAAGCUGGACGAGUUCCCGAAACCGCGAACCGCAGAUUUCAAAGUGGGAAAGAAAGCCCAAGGGUGUGCGACCAAACCCAAAUUCCCAGCCGCCCGGCCCAUCGACAAACAUAAACGCAUUGACCAAUUCUUCAAUUUAGAAACACCCUAACUUUAUUUUUUUUUUUCCCCGAAAUACAUGGAGAACCCCA